AUGAUCAAUCUCGGUCUCUCACGGAUUUCAUCGCUUCUUCGACCACUCUUCAACGUCCACGACCCCCUUCCCUGGCGAGCCAUCCAUAUCGCCGGCACAAACGGGAAGGGGUCAAUAGCCAGCUACAUCUCCACCUUCCUUGCACACCAAGGCUAUAAAGUCGGCCGCUUCACUUCGCCCCACUUGAUCAACCGCUGGGACUGCAUCUGGCUAAACUCUCGCGUUGUUGAUAAAGACGUCUUCCUCGCUGUGGAGAAUGAAUUGAGGAAUCGGUCGACCGAGGAAGGGAUCCAGGCGAGCGAGUUUGAAAUCCUCACGGCAGUGGCGUUCGAGCUGUUCACUCGGCAUGGCAUGGAUUUUGGAGUUGUUGAAUGUGGUUUGGGUGGACGGUUAGAUGCGACGAAUGCUCUACGGCCGCAGGAUGUCGCUGUGAGCGUUUUGGCCAAGGUGGGGCUCGAUCAUACCGAGUUUCUUGGGAGCACUUUGAGAGAUAUCGCGGGCGAGAAGUGUGGAAUCUUCAAAAACGGAGUUCCUGUCGUCGUGGAUGAGAGCAAUGAGCAAGUGAUCAAGGAUGUAGUCCAGGAGAAAUUGGCAGUAGUCAAUGCUGGCAAUGGGCAGGGCAAUGCAGAUGGUCUCUGGUUCAGAUUGACCCCAAAUCAAGCAAAAGUGCUCGAGUCGAAUUCAAUCCGAGACCUGGAGCUCGCAGAUCAUCAGAAGGAAAAUCUCUUCACAGCAUUGACCGCCUACUACGCAGCUGAGCAGCGUCAGCAGCCCCCACAGUCCGAGUUACAAGCUACAUCAAUUCAAACCCCUGAACAACGCAUCGAGUCAACGAUUCAAAAUCUCUCAGGCCUAAUUAGAGCGUCACACGCCUCAAUCCGUGGUCGUCUCGAAUGGCUCUCCUUGCCAGCCCAUCUCCUCCCAAAUAGCCACCAGGAUCAAAACGUCCGCGUCCUCAUCGAUGGCGCACACAAUCCCCAAUCAGCGUCUGCAUUGGCAAGCUACAUCGACAAGACGAUCCGGUCGAGCUAUUCCCCACCGGAACAACACAUAACAUGGCUGCUGGCAAUGAAGCGCGGUAAAGAAAUCACGACGAUUCUUAAGACCUUGAUUCACGAAGGCGACAGCGCCGUGACCUCCUCCUUCGGCCCCGUGGACGGAAUGCCAUGGGUCGAAAGCCUCGAUGCAGCUGAAGUCGCCGAGCAAGUGCGCAGGCUGACUUCGGGGACGGUGGACGCGACGAGUAGAGGCGACAUCACGGAUGCAAUCAGAAGAGCAGUGACGCUCGCAGACGGCGGCCCGCUCUGUAUCGCUGGGAGUCUUUACCUCGUGGGCGAUGUGUUGAGACUGGUGGAAGAAGGCCUGCCGAAACCAUGGAACUAA